AUGUUAUUAUACCUUGAUGAAGAAUUAACAUAUGAUCAAUUUAUAAAAUUAUUAAUAGAUCAAAAUUACAACAAUGGAUAUAUUUUAAUUUCAGAUUUGGAAUUGUAUAACGAAAAACUAAUAAAUUUUAAUCUAACACCAAAACAAAUAAAUAUUAUAAUUAAGUUCAAGAUUAUAUUAAUUGAAUCAUGGAAUGAUCUAUAUGAGUUCAUAAAAGAUUUUCACAGUUUUAAUCAAUCUACAGAAAAAGCUCUCGUUGCAAUAUAUGGAAUUUUGAAAAAUUACAUUGAGAUAGGAUUUGAUGAAACUUCAAACUUAUUUAUAAAGCACAAUCAAUUUAGUGCACUCGAAUUAAAUAAGUUAUUUCAUCAACUAUUUGUAUUUCAACAAGACAAAAAUAUUAGUAUAGUUUUUAACGAUGGAAUUGAAAAAUCAAAUGAUGAGAAUCCAUUAAUUGGUCAAAUAGAGAUUCCAAAUUUAUAUGUAAAUAGAGAAGAAACUAAAGAUAGACGGAUUUUAAUUAAAAAUGACAAAACUCUCAAUGAUGACAAAAUUGAGAUACGAGUUUUAAUGAUCAAAUGGUUUAAAUUAAUAAGCAAAGAAGAAUUUAUUACAAAUAAAUCCUUUGAUUGA